AUGUCGGCGACACAUUUUGUCCCUACAACGUCGUCGUCCAUUAUCUUCUUCCGAGCCCUGGCAAUUGCCUCAACCGCCCGAUCAUGCCCCCACCAUGCUUUGAGAAGCUUCUCUUCCAGUAUAGCCGCUCGGCAAUCGUCAAAGCGAGAGUUAUAUACCACCCCAUCUUAUCAGCCUCAUACACUACCCGCCGAUUUCCCUAUGCCUCCUCGAAACACCAACAUCCCUGACACCUCCAUCGCUGGACCCAAGCCGCAACCCAGUGACAUGAGACAAAAUCAGGGAAACGUGGCGCAGCAGAACAACCCUGACGAAACUGCAAGCAUAAGUGUGCCAGAAGGAGUGGCGCAGAAACCGAAGCCAGUACAGACGCCGCAGCCCGAGCAGGCGAAAGCAGCGAAACCCCGGCGAAGCAAGCUACGACCUCGGAAAGCUGCCAUGACGAUAACACCCAACGCGCUGGUUCAUCUACGCGAGCUCCUGGAUCAACCCGAGCCUAAAAUGAUCAGGGUUGGUGUUAAGAACCGUGGCUGCUCGGGUCUCGCAUAUCAUUUGGAAUAUGUGGAUAAGCCUGCCGCGUUUGACGAAGUCGUUGAGAAAGAGGGAGUAAAAGUCUUGAUUGACAGCAAAGCACUCUUCAGCAUUAUCGGCAGUGAAAUGGAUUGGCAGGAAGACAAGCUGAGUGCUAGGUUUAUCUUCAAGAAUCCCAACAUCACUGAGCAAUGCGGCUGUGGCGAGUCGUUCAGCGUGUCAUAA